UGUUGGUGGAGGUUCGUGGUCGUGGUGGUGGUGGUGGUAAUGGUGGUGAGGGCAGCAGCGAGGCGCGAGUGGUGGUACAUGUAGUAGACAUCAACGACCACGCCCCCUACUUCCCCAGGGCACUGCACGAGACCCAGAUCACGGAGGAGGACGACAGACACUUACCCAAAACCAUACUCACGGUAUCAGCUGUGGACGAAGACGCCGGAGAGGAAGGACGGCUUCUCUAUCACCUGUCAGGGGACGGAGUGUUGGCCAAUCAUUCACUCUCGUACUUCGCCGUCGACCCCCAGACUGGCGCCCUGAGGCUACUACGGCCAUUGGACAGGGACCCCCCCGAGGGACGGUCACAGUGGCGACUACGUGUGACGGCGAGCGACGGGCGAACAGAGGCGACGACCAUGGUACACGUCAACCUAAAGGACAUAAACGACAACGCGCCCUUCUUCCCCCGCACCACAUUACAUGCCGCUGUACUCGAGAACUCUGCCAAGGGUGCUUCAGUAGCCCAGGUAACAGCGACAGAUCAUGACGACCUGCAGGAGGGCAACAACGCUCGUCUGGUGUAUUCCCUGGAGAAGAACGUCAUAGAUGAGGCCUCAGGAAGACCCAUUUUUGCCGUCGAUAGUCAACUGGGGCUCAUCACUACAGCCAUUUGUUGCCUGGAUAGAGAGAAGGCCCAGCGAUACGCCAUACAGGUGGUGGCGACGGACGGUGGAGGACUCAAAGGCACAGGGACGGUGCUGGUGGAGGUAGGUGAUGUUAACGACGCCCCACCGAGGUUCUCAAGGGAGGAGUGGAAGUUUCAGGUCCCCGAAAGUCUCACCCCUGACCACCCCUUAGCAGCCCUCACCGUGUUGGAUCAGGACCUUCUCAACAACUUCACCUUCAGGGUGGUGCCAGAGAGUGGACGUGGGUGGCAGCUGUUCCGGUUGGAGUCGAACAACGAGGCAGGGGAGGUAUGGGCACAGGAAACCCUAGACUAUGAGAAUCCAGAUCACAGACGAGGAUUCCAUUUCCAAGUGCAGGUGACAGACAGGGGUGAAGGAGGAUGGAGUAACCCCGCCCACGUAGACAGUUCCUGGGUAAGCCUGAAGGUGGUGGAUGAUAACGAUAACACACCCGUUUUCUCCGAGGACCACGCCCAGCUCACCCUCGCGGAGGACGCCCCACCUGGCACACUCCUCACCACCUUCACCGCCCGCGACGCUGAUCAGGGAGGUGACGGCCGGGUGAGGUACUCGGUGGCUCCUCAGAGUGACCCAGGGGGAAGAUUCGGUGUGAAUGGGUCAGGUGUGGUCCAUCUGGCCCGGGGUUUGGACCGUGAGACAGCCAGCAGCCACAAUGUGCUGGUCCUCGCGGUGGACCAUGGUGUACCACCCAGAACCGCUACUGCCACACUCACUGUGAACGUGACAGACGUGAACGACAACCCACCGUUCCUAGCUGAGCCGCGGGAGGUGCGGGUGCGGGAGAACAGUGGACCUCAACUGGUCUCUCGCGUCCGCCUGGGAGACCCUGACGACUGGCGAAGAGGUCACGGUCCCCCCUUCACCAUCACCCUCCACCCCCACGCCCCCCAGCAGGUCAAGAGUGCCGUUCAGGUCACCUUCGAUGAACGUGGUGACGGUGGCCGCGGGUCUGGGGUGGUGACGACACUAGGGCCCCUGGAUCGAGAAGAGAUGCCAAUAUUACUGGUGCCACUCCUGGUAGGUGACGCUGGCUCCCUCACAGCUACCGUCACCCUCACCCUCCGCGUCACCGAUGUCAACGAUAACCCCAUGACUCCAGCCUCUCGCCACGUACAGGUGAACGUCUUACAGCCCCAGGCCUCUGCGGUGCCACUGGGGAGGGUGUAUGUGAAUGACCCAGAUAAUGAUGACUACGACUCCAAAACCUACGUUUGGAGGACCUACCACCACCCUAGCUUCUCCCUCAACACCUCCACUGGUGACCUCUCCAUGCGUCCUGGCACUCAAGAUGGCAGCUACGAGUUGACCUUCCUGGUAAACGAUAGCAGCCAGGGUCAGUCUGAUGUCAGCGCUAAUGUCACGGUCGAGGUCAGGUCACUAGAUCAUCAGGACAUCGCAGAAGCCAUUCCCCUCAUCCUGGAAGUCGACCCUUACACACUGGUGAAGGAGGGAGAGGGCUCACCGUCCCUUCUGAAGCAGCUGCUGGUCGAGGUACAAGCGUGGACAGAGGAGAGACGAGGGCGUGGAAUGGGUACGGAAGGGGGAAGGAGGAGGAGUGAGAUGGAAGCUUCUCCCAGGCCAGCCACCAGAGUAUGGGUUACUUCCUCUGGUAUCAGCAGCCUUGACCUGACAGUCCUUCAUCGCAGAGAGCAGUUAGGAGAAGCCAUCGGCGUCAGAGUGUUGGAGGUCGGGGUGGGGGUGUGUGCCGAGGCUGUACACGGAACCACACAAAGAACCACUCACCACCCGUCACCUCAAGCCCCUCACCGACCCAUUCCUAAGACCCCUGGCAAGAUGGACACUAAUGCCACUCAGAAAACUAAUCCCAAAAGCACUGCCAAUGCUACCCAUCACGUCAGUCUCGGCGCCACUCAGCACUCCACUUACAAGGACCAAGCUGCCGUGAGUGAUGCCUAUAGUGUGGUGGAGGCAGGGACGAGGGCAAUGGUCGGACCCCGGGUGGAUGUCCUGGACAUGUGUAGGUGCGACAGGUACAACACACCACAGGGAGGCCACUACACCUGCACACCUCACACCUGCCUCAACGGGGGACGCUGCCUGCCUACCGUAACGGGAUAUAGGUGUAUAUGUCCUCAUGGAACAGAGGACUCUCGUUGCAAGAUCCUCAGCCGACAUUUUGAGGGUGUCAAGGAGCCAAAGGACUCUGUGAGCAGUUCCUCCAAAGGGGGUCCUGUGAUAGAUGGAUGGGCAUGGUUGCCACCUAUCCCUCCCUGUACCGAAGUCCAUCUUAGCCUCGAGUUUCUUACGAGUUCUCAGGACGCGACGAUCCUCUACUCCGGCCCAAGAAAGGACUCCAGGUAUCCUGCAGGGGAGAUGGGGGACCUGUUGGCUCUAGAGCUUCGAGAUGGACGUCCUUCACUGGUUCUUGAUCUAGGCGCAGGACCCGUCGCCCUCACAAUCAACGCCUCCUACACAGUGACUAACUCCAGGUGGCACAGACUGGAUCUUCUUUGGAAAGACGAGUUGGUGGAGCUUGUCUUGGACCUCUGUGUGGGCGGCAGCGUCGAUGGCCCGCCUAGCCCGCCCGCCACAACCUUACGACAUACAACCCCGAACUACGAAGACGCCGUACCCACGACCACACCCAUGGACAGCCACACGUGCAGGGACGCUACCAAACUUCCCCGAGGUGCAGGAGUCCUCAACACAGGACAGCCGCUACAGAUGGGUGGGUUGGCUCACCUUCCCCCCGCCCACACUACCCAUGCAGCACACACCGCCCACGCCUGGCAAGCCCCUCUGGUAGCUCGGCCUUUCGAAGGAUGCAUCAGGAAUUUGAGAAUAAACGGAGAGCUGAUGGACCUAGGCACGAGGAUAUUAGCACGACACAGUGCCCCAGGAUGCCCGGCCCUGGAUUGCCGGGCAGCCUCCCUCAACUGUGGCUUGCACGGAAGGUUCCGGACUUGGCGUCGUGAGGGACAGCUGGUAGUACUGUCAUCGGAAGGAGGCGGUGACCAGCUGAGUCUACAGCUGGUUGGGGGCCAGCUGUGUGUGGGGGUCCACCUUCAUCCCCACCUUCACCCCCAGCUACACCCACAGCGGCAGUCUUCCUCCUCCCUCUGCCUCACAAGGGCUAUCCUCAGUGAUGGUCGCUGGCAUGCUGUCGAGCUCUCAAGGUUCGGUGGGGCGACCAUCCUUCUGGCGGACGAAGGUGAGAGGGAGCUGUACAAUGCCUCCCUGGCACUGCUGGGGGGACCGGGGACAGGAAACCCCCUUCUGUUGCAGGUGGAUGCUGAAGAAGGUGUACACGUGGGUGGAUCACCUGAGUACCUCGCUCUCAGUGUACUUAGUGUCCACCGCGACUAUUUUGACGGCUGCAUGGACGACUUACGUAUUUCUGGCCGAAGUCUGCCCCUCCCUCCUACCCUCAACACUACGGCCUGGGGUAAAGUGAGGAGGUUUCAGGGAGUUGAAGGAGGGUGUGUGGCUCCCCCUGCCUGCGCCAACGUCACCUGUAGCCCACCACUCACUUGUGUUGACACUUGGAGGAGCUACCACUGUGGGUGUGAGGAGGGUCGCGUGGUGAGCGGGAGUGGAGAAACCUGUGAGGAUAUCGACGAGUGUUCCUGGCGACCUUGUCUCAACGCUGGCUCCUGCUACAACACACAUCCGGGAGGGUACGUGUGCGCGUGUCCUGUGGGGUUCAGCGGCCAACACUGCCAGUUGCCUGACGUAGGAGAGACCUCGUUAAAAUUGUCCCUUGGAGCCCUGCUGGCCAUAGUGGUAUGGUGUACCUUCCUCCUCCUGUUGAUCUGCGCCUUCUUGCUCCACCAACACCAUCGUCGCUCAGCGGUUAGGAGAGGCGAGGGAGACGUGAAGGGAGGGCCCCACCCUCUGAGAGAGCCCGCGGCCACGCCCUGCACGCCUACGCCCAACCUGCUGGAAAUGCAGUUGCUCAGGCCGCCUAGAGCCAAUGGUCAGCCCGCCUGGUCCAGGAACCCCAAUAUUGCAGAUGUGGAUGUGCUCCAAGUGGACGCCGCCUCCGUCACCAGUAGUAUGGAGGACCAGAAACGCGGUAAUGCCUCCUACACGUCGGGUCAAGGAGGACAUGAAGGUGGAAGAGUGGAGGAGAAAGGGCGUAAACGUGGAGGAGGAGGAGGAGGAAGAAGUGGAGGAGGUGGAGGAAGGAACAGCCCACCUGCCGGAGACGACUUAAGGAACUAUGCUUACGAAGGUGAAGGGUCAUCCCCCGGAUCUCUGUCUUCCUGUUUGGAAAGUUGCAGCGGAAGUGCCAAGUUCCUGGACGGUUUCCGGGAAGUUGCUCACAUGUUAGAGUCUUGGGACCCGACCAACCACCAAUCAGCGUGUAUCACCACCAAAACAAACGGUACCAAACGUGACACCACUCUACCAAUUACGAACAUCCUCUGCGAUGUCCACGCUGCUAUUGGUCCAGACAGUGCGACAGAUUCUCAAUUUCAGUCAAUAAAAGACCAGAAUCUCCAUCCAGAAGUGAUAGAUACGCCCAUUCCUUUGCCCAUACCCGACCCACCACGUGUCUUCAUGAGUAAAUAAUAAAUUUUAAUUAAUAUAUAAAUGACACUUUAAAAAAAUAGUAAAAAAUAAUUUAUUUAAUAAAUGUAUUCAAAAGUCACUAUUUCUCCCCCAAAGGAAAGAAACACAUUUUUGUCCCUGUGUUUUCUUUUCCAGUAAACCAUAAUCAAAAGUCACUCCUUCAGGUCUAAGGCAAAUAAUUUGAAAUUCAUCAUAUUUCAGUUAUUAAGGUUUUUGCCAUUUUACAAGGAUCAAAAGGAAGGAAUGGAGAUAUAUUUAUGACUUACUUUACCAGUUCGUGUUUAAAACUCUCU